CACGUUUUUUUAAACCUCCAAAAUAAAUAUAGUAUAAAUUGAGGUUAAAAAAUCAUCAAGAUGAAUUCUAUGCCUUUACCAGCCACCCAAAGAGACUGUAUGUCUGCCGCGACAAAAAGAUAUAAAUAUCUGAGAAGGAUAUUAAAAUUUGACCAAAUGGACUUUGAGUUUGCCUUUUGGCAAAUGCUGUAUUUAUUUAUAGCACCUCAGAAAGUGUACCGAAACUUCCAUUACAGAAAACAGACUAAAUCACAAUUUGCAAGAGACGACCCAGCGUUUUUAGUCCUAUUUGCAGCUUGGCUGUGCAUAACUUCAGUGGGUUUUGCGAUAGUUCUUAAGUUAGGAUUCCUGCAGUUUAUGAACUUUUUGUUGUAUACUGUAUUUGUUGACUGUAUUAUAGUUGGUAUUAUAAUCGCCACAAUAUUUUGGUUUGUUUUAAAUAGGUAUUUUAGACAAAAAACUGAGGUGCAAGAUGUUGAAUGGGGGUAUUGUUUUGAUGUUCAUUUAAAUGCGUUUUUUCCUCCUUUGAUAUUGCUCCAUUUUUUCCAACUAUUUUUUUAUAACGGUUUAAUAAACCAUGAGUGGUUCAUUUCUAGGCUACUGGGCAACACAUUUUGGCUGGUUGCUGUAUUAUAUUACAUGUAUAUUACAUUUUUAGGGUACAGUUCUUUAAAUAUUUUAACCAAAACUCAUCUAAUAAUCACGCCAUUACCUUUGGUUAUAACCUUCUAUAUUAUCACUUUAGUUAGUGGGUUUAAUAUAACCCUAGCUUUAAUGUACUUCUACAAGAACAGAGUUGUAUAAAAUUGUUUGUUAUUUCUGUAUCUAGUCUUAAUUUAUUUUUUCACUAAUGUAAAUUUUCUUAAAUUAAAGUUAGUUUUUUAACAUAAGUACCAACCUGUGUUUGAUUUAC